GCCAUAAACACAGAGAAGAAGAAAAAGAAGAAUUGUUGUGGCAGGCUGUUCACAAUGGAUGAACGAGACAAGUCUUCAUAAGGAGACAUAAUUUAUCCUCUGCCAAGUUACAAACUGUUUUUCUCCCUACAACCGCAAUGGAGCCGUUCGAGUCACAGGGUGUGAGCAGUACGGAUGACCCCGCUGUUGAACAAAGUUCCAAACCCGAACUUUCAGCUGCGAUGCGGGCUAAAAUCGAAAGAAACCGACAGCGGGCAUUAAUGCUCCGACAAGCCCGAAUAGCGAGCCGCCCUUUGGCUGCGGCGCAGGGCGCGACUUCGGCAAAGGUUUGCAGAACCAUUGACUCCGGUGCAGGCUUUUUCAUUGAGGAGGAGGAAGGUGAAGAGGAAGAGCGAAGGACCAAUAUGGUUGUGCACGAGCCAGCUCCAGUCAUAGAGCCAGACUACCUUGUGUGUGAUGACUGUCAAAAACCCUUUAUGGACUCCUACCUCAGCAACAGCUUUGGCCUGUCCGUGUGUGACAAGUGCAGAGACAACGAUGAGAAACACAAGUUGAUCUCCAGAACGGAGGCCAAGCAGCACUACCUGCUGAAGGACUGCGACAUUGAUAAAAGAGAGCCUCCACUCAGGUUUAUACUGAAGAAAAACCCGCACAAUCCACGCUGGGGGGACAUGAAGCUCUACCUUAAACUACAGGUAGAGAAGCGAUGUAUGGAGGUGUGGGGUUCAGAGGCAGCCCUGGAGGAAGCCAAGGAGACGAGGGAAGAGAACAGAGAAGUGCAGAAACAAAAACGCUUCAACAAGAAAGUCAAAGAAUUGCGCAGAGCAGUGAGGAGCAGCAUGUGGACCAAAGACACCAGCGCUCACCAACAUCAGUACGGGCCAGAGGUGGUGGUCAAUCUGGAGGAUGAUCUGUACAAGAAAACCUGCACCACAUGUGGACAUGAACUCACCUACGAGAAGAUGUAAACGCACAUUCCAGUAGGGGAGAUCUAACCAUUUGAUGGAAAGCCCCACAGAGGACUGCAACACAGAGAAGGAGGGGGUUGGAGGCGGGAUACUACACACACAUGCGUCUACUGCACACUCAUGGACACACACAUACACACGCACGCACACACACACAAGCCUUCACACAUCAGUCAGACAUGCCUCUGGUCAGGAGAACCCCUGGCUCACCUUCACACAGAUUCAUAGAUCACACACACUCUCUCUCUCUCUCUCUCUUUCUUACACACACACAGAAGUUGUGCUGACAUGAAUCUAUGCAGUCACUUUGACUCACAUAAACAUGCCUCCCCCUUCCCAGCACACACACACACACACACACUUCAAAGGAAGAUUGCAGCAUGACAGGCUGCAACACUUCCAACCCACAUGCAGUGUUUCUGUUGGUAAUUCCUCCUCUUACAAAGCCACCUGUUUCUUACAAACCUUCAAGUCAUACCUUCCUCUAUCUGUCCUGGUUUGAACGGCAACACACACACACAGACACACACGCACACCAUAAAUGCAUGCUGGUACUCAGCUGUUAUUUCUCUGAGGUCCUCUCACCGCACAAUGUGUGCCCCUAUUAGAGGAUUAAAUCUAUUGCCUUAAAGCUUGCUUUGAUACAUAUCUGACUCAAGAUGGCCAAUCUAGGUGAGAUCAAAGGUAGUGAAAAGUACAUUUUAAUAUUUUAUUGUUCCAUGUGUUUCCCAGAACCUCACAGAUUCGUGAGGAUAUCAACAACUCUGCUGUGGCUUUGUGUGCUUUCUGUUGUGAAAUGUCUAAAAAUGCACUGUGCACUAUACCGCCUCUUGCCAUUGUGAAGACAAGGAACACAAAUGUAAAUGCGCAGUAAUUGCUGCUGUUGUGGAUGGUGUUAUUAACCUGAUGAAUCUCUGUGAAACAAAAACGUUAUGUCUAACUAGAGAAAAUUAGCCAGUGAAUGUCAACUAGACUACAAUGGAGCUGCAUUAAAAUGAAUGAUGGGAAAGACGGUAGAGUACAGUGCAAAUCACAUGACACCAGAUUUACGCGCAUGGUCAGAGGCAACAUUAGCAGUUGCGGCCCCAACCCUUGCUGCAUCAUUAAAUCAGCUGCUUUAUAUUACAAAUGUUUUAUAGACCAUUGAAAUGUAUUACUUUUUUUUCACCAUUUAUUUUCUAUUGCUUAUCCUGUUCACGGUCACGGGUGAGGUGGAGCCUAUUGCAGCUGACGGGGUACGCCCUGGGCAAUCAACGAACAAUGAACUCAUUUGAAAUCGUUUCAGUGACCAUUUGGAGCCCCCUGUGCAAGCUUCUUGGCACAAUGCCUUGACAUUUGACAGUGUAGUGCAAAAUAUGACAAUUCCUUCACCAAUUCAAAGGUUAAAUAGUCUAAAUGCUCAAAAAUCAAGAAGAAAAACAAGUGUUAUGUGUCACGCAAUAGCAAUUCAUGGAUGUUUUUCUGAACUUUUAAUUGGCUCUAUGACAUUAUUACUGACACAAUGUGUGUGUCUUACUCUGUCAGAGCAGUGUAUUCAGUCUGGGUUGUUCCAAGAAGAGGGGAUGACUCACCUGUAGGUAGGUAGGUAGGUGAAGAGAGAGAUAAAGGAAUGAUGAAGGAGAGGAUGAAAGACUGAUGCAGAGCAUCCGGCCUGUCAGUCACUUGUUAAUUGUGGCACACGUCAGUGGAAGUGCGAACUGUCUCUUCACGCUGAUGACCUCAUGUUAUUUUUCUCCUUUUCUCCUCAAUGCUUCCAUGAAGCAAACAUCUUGUCACCUCACAACCUCCUUUCAUUUGCCUCUGCUGUUGUUUAAAGGGGAACUUUACUGUAAAUGAAGGAGCAAUACUUCCUGUUUAUUUCAUUCCCAAUAUAAAAGUCUGUGUGUGUGGGGGGGUUGGUUUAUAUCCUCAGCAGGGGUUAAUAUUGUCCAAUUGAGUGUAUUGUUCCAACCAAAUAAUGAAAAAGAAAAAGACAACAAACCUUUUACUGUUUUAUUGAAACCCCUUUUUUCUGGUGACCUUUAUCAUGCUUGUGAACAUAAUAAGUGGACACCUGCCUCCAGUCUGACAUUAAAAAUUUAAUACAGAGUAAAACCAAUAUCAAGAAUCUCAUUCUACCUUAUUGUAUCUACGCUGCAAUCCAUUUCAAUGAAUUUUUAAAGGUUUUUAUUUAUUUGUUUUACUUACAGUAAGUCAGUAGUAAUAUUGGUACCGUUAGUGACCUGUGCCGAUUAAUGGGAGCCAACCACUAAAUUAUUGGAAUAUUAGCCAUAAUUUAUCAUGAUUUUAAUGUAAAUGUCAGUAUUGUACUCAGUAUAGGCACUAACUCAUCUCUUGACCUCCAUUACCUCUGUUAAGGUGUACUUAUUUGUUUCUCUAAAUUUUAUGAAGCCACAAAAUGUAAUCUCGGUUUAUGUUUUAAAUAAAAUCUUCAGAAUAUUUUAUUGAGGCCUAGUGGUUAGCAUGUUGGCCACACAGUCAGGAGGUCGGGAAGACCUGGGUUUGAAUCUCCGUUGGGCAUUUCUGUGUGGAGUUUGCAUGUUCUCCCCGUGCGUGCGUGGGUUUUCUCCGGGUACUCCGGUUUCCUCCCACAUUCUAAAAACAUGCAUGUUAGGUUAAUUGGCGACUCUAAAUUGUCCAUAGGUAUGAAUGUGAGUGUGAAUGGUUGUUUGUCUAUAUGUGCCCUGAGAAGGACUGGCGACCAGUCCAGGGUGUACCCCGACUCUCGCCUGAAGUCAGCUGGGAUAGGCUCCAGCAUACCCGUGACCCUACUGAGGAUAAGUGGCAUAGAAAAUGGAUGGUUGGAAUAUUUUAUUUAACCACUCAACUUAUCUGUAUUGACCAAUUCAGUUCAGGAUCAAUUCCAAUUUCUAGACACAAGCUUGUCCAAUUUAUCAUCACUGUCCAAUAAAAAAACAAAUAUUUAAAAGUUGUAUUUACUUUUUUUAUAUGGAAAAGUAAGAAAAUACAUUAUUUUGUAUCUCUAAUUUUGGUGUCUCCAAAUUUUUUGAGAACAAAUAUUGAUUUUUGUUGAUUUUGACUAAAAAGACAAACUACACAACUUGGGGAUACAGUACAUGCUUUUCACUGGACAAUGACGCCUUCAGUUAUAACUACUGUAGAGGAAUAUGCAGAGUCGGCACACAAAUUCAAACAACGGCAAAAUCGAUCAUGUUUUUGGGUUUAUUUUGUGUCAUACCUGUAAAAAUAUAUUCUCAAAAUAAAUAUAUGAAAUAAAUAUGAAACUUUGUGUCCUAUGAAUUAGAGCCUCAUAAAUAAGUUUAAAAUCUGUCAACAGGUCUAUAAGUCCUUGUGAAUCCUGUGCUCAUCGUUUAACUGCAACCAGCGAGAAAACAACAUCAUUCCUUCACUGUGUCCUAUGGAUGAGAGGUCACAUCCACCGUAGAAGAAGUCCUGCUUGUCACCAGGUCGUUUUCUCUUAUUCCACAAGUCCGCUUUCUGAACAUCAGCAGUCAGCGCCAUACAGAGCAAACAUGGCUGCUUUCCAGUGCAUAAAACUACCUUUUUCUGUAAACCAGCCAGACUGUAUAGCAGAUUAUACAUUUUUGUGGUUUACUUAGCAGCCUUAGAAGCAUUUAGCAUCAAAGAAAGGAGCCUACAAUGAAGUAGAAAAGGCUUUUGCAGGCAAAGCAAAAACUAUUUCUAGCUGCUGCUCGUUAAUAAACUUGUCUUUGCUCACUUAAGCAUGCAGAUGUGGACAAGCAGGUAGUUGGAGACUCAAGGGAAAUCCAUCUUGGCUGCUGAUGCCACUGCAUAUGCCAAUAAAGGCAUAAUGGGGGUGGGGGGUUCUGUUUCUUUUGCAUCAUCCACAGAAGAUCCCUGGUGCUUUUCUGUCAAACUCCCUUAAACAACUGGUUCAGCAAGGGUCGCUAUCCUUCCGCCGUACCAGCAAUCCGGGGUUUGGAUCUGGUGCAUUUAUUGUGAUCCCUUUUGGAUCAUCCAUUGCCCACAAAAAGGGGGCACGUGAAUGAGUUCGGUUUCUGGCCAACAUUGGUUCAGCCUCAGCUCUGGCCCAGUAUAUCCCUGUAUAGUUCUGGUACUCUGUCUGGAUCUACAGGCCUCGGCAAGAAGUGCGAGAAUCUCUGAUGCCGCCGCGAUCUUGUGCCAUCCCGCGGUGUCCCGUCUUUGUUCAGGGCGACAAAGUAAAACGCUCCUUUUUCUCCAUGCCUAUAAAUGUUGGAUGAGUAAGUGUUAUACCAGUUCUCUUCAAAUUGCUCCCGAAAAACGCUCUCUGCUGAUAGCUUCUCCUGCAAAAACAAAAAAAAGUCAGUUUAACAAUCUAGACUGUGACUCAGAUCGCGUCACUGGGAAAGUCAUACUCCAUGAUAUAUACAUACCGAGCCAUAUAGUUCUCCCUUGCUGUUCAUGGCCAGGUAGAGGCCACUGUCCACACCUCUGAUGCUGACCAGGCCCACAGCCAGACUGAUGAACUCCAAAAUACCUGUGCACACAUGAACACACAUUUAAUGACAACGAUAUCCUGCUCUACCUUUAUUUUCCAGAUAUGUUAGAUAAAUAAAGCAGCACUAUGACCUCUAAAAAGUGAUGUUAGAGAUCUGGAAUGGUCUCUGCAAUGAAGUCAUUAUUGGAUCUCAGCACAAAUGAAUCAAAUGCCAGAAGAGUUACUACCACAGAGCAGCUAAAUAAAUCUCAAAGCGGCCUACUUUGAUGUGUAUGAUAAAGCUUUUGAUCAUUUUUAAAACCCUGUAUAUCAAGAAAGCUUACAGUGUGUCAAUGUCCGAACAGAGUAGUCCAGAAAAAAGGACAUUUUGUACACUUGAUUUUUAUGGCUUGGAAACCUCCCUACUGUAUACCUUUUUGGCACUUAUCUAUAGUGUGUUUUAAAUUAUUUGGGGUCCGACUGUACCCCAUUACUGACAGUAUGUUGCAACAGCUGUUGUCACAGUAGUAACAUGCUACAUAUAGACCUAUUAUUAGUA